AUGGGGUUUAUACAGCCAGGAAGAUCGUUAAAGAAACGUAAGAUAAAGAAAAGUCAAAGUCCACAUGUCGUGCAAUAUGCUCCUCCGAAUAAAUCAAUUUUAGAGAAGUUUCCACAUGAAUUAUUGUACCGAGUAUUCGUUUUAACUGGCUUAAAAGAGAAUAACUUAUCAUUGACAAAUAAAUACUUCAAUAAGGUCUUGUCGCUUAAUAGUAGACGAAUAUAUAAUACGUAUUGGCCUGGAAAAAGAAUCCUAUUGGACAUAGUUGACAUUCACUUCACGUAUGAUUUGAAUCAGAACAUUAAUAUUCCAAAAAUUAAAAAGAAAAUCCAAUAUUACACGAGUAAAAUCCCAGGUAAUGGGAACGAAAAUCUCCGCAACCUUAAGGAAGGUAUAAAAGUAUUUGAAGAGAUAUCUUCUGCAUUAUCUGCAGAUUUGUUCAAUUAUAAAUUUAUCUCAUCUGAGUUUCUUGAUCUAUUUAACUUGACAAAAUCUCAUGCAUUGGAAUAUAAUGUUAUUUUGGAAGAGAUAAAGGAAAGACCUAAAUUCAUAAAGGAGAAUGAUAAAGCUCUCAUGAAGGAGUGUAAGCGUAUGAAUGUUAGUAUUCCUGAAUCGGAGGACGAAUGUGAUAACAUGGCAAGAAUGGCUGACCAACUAUUUAAUUCAAACACUCCAGAUAUUGUCCCUCGAGACUCAUCACCAGAUAACCAGGAGAACAACAACACAAAUAAAUAUUCCUACGCGACAUAUACCAAGUCACCUAAAUUAUCAGCCAAGUUUUACGAUAAUAUCACUCAGAAGCGAUUGAUAUUAAUGUCAAAAAUGUGUCAUUUCGGAUUUAUUGUGGAAGAUAUUGACAAGCUUUUCAUCAAUACAAUACGUUCAUUUGAUAGAGAUGAUUGGGAGAUGGAAUAUUGGCGUGAUUCGUUUGAUGUACUACUUGACCUUUCAAAGUCUGUUAUCCCAACCUCGGCAAUAAUCGAAGGGUUUGAAUCAAUUACGGCAUGUAAGCCACAGAACAAGCAACACUACUAUACAAUAACGAACCGGUUACUAGAACUAUAUUUUAGAGAAGAUCAACGAAAUGGUGUUGAUGAUUCAAGUAUAUGGUAUUAUAUUGUGAGCACUAAAAAUCAUAAAUAUUUUGACAUGAUCAUGAACUUUGCCGGAAAACCAAGUAAUGAAAUAUUAGCAUUAAUGCAUACAUGA